AACUAUUAAUUGUUGUGUUUAGGUACGGACGUUUCUUACGUUUGUUUCAUAUGCUUUCCUGUUAGUUAAAUUGAAAAUUGUUUUAUUACUAAAUGCGUUAACAAUUUGGAAUGGAUACUGUGUUCCUAGCAUUUAUGAAGAUGAAACUAAUAGCGAUCGGUUUAUCACUAGCUUUACUAGGCUCUGGGCGAGCUCAAAACCCUAAUUGCGACUUUACUCAGAAUGUACGACCAAACCAAGUGUACUACGUCUACAGCCCGAACUAUCCUAACAACUAUUCCGCGGGGGUUCAGUGCAGGUGGAUAAUGGUUUGUCCAACAGGAUACAACUGUCAGCUGGACUGCUCCGAGAUCAAUUUACCUGAGUCUCCUUCAUGUUCUAUGGACCGGCUCCUGGUGUCAAGAGAUGGAGACCCUCAAUUAGCGUCAGCAGAAUACUACUGCGGUCGUGGCACAUUGAAUGUAACGUCAAAUGAACGGAGACUGUCUUUAGGUUUAAUUUCAUCGUACCAGAGUCCCGGCGGUCGAUUCUAUUGUGAGCUCAGGGCAACACCUGCUAUAAUCAGACCAAGAUGUAGAUGCGGUUACAAAAAGCUGAAUCGUAUUGUAGGCGGUCAAGAAACAGGUGUGAACGAGUUCCCCAUGAUGGCCGGAGUCAUAUAUGUGGACCUCCGUCGUAUCAAUUGCGGUGCUGUCAUCAUCAGCAAGCGGCGCGUGAUGAGCGCCGCGCAUUGUGUCAUCAGGAAGACAACCAGGGAGCUGGGCGUUGUGGUUGGCGAACACAACGUAAAUGUUGCCGACUCACCGGCAACGGAGGUAUUCAGGGUUAUUAAUAUCAACAUCCACCCGCAGUACACAGAGGCCAACUACGAUUACGACGUAUCGAUACUAACUGUGGAGCGGGAGAUUGUGUUCAGCGACCGGGUCGGUCCAGUCUGCUUACCCUUCAAGUUUCUUACUAAUGACUUCACUGGAGCUAAGGUUACUGUCUUAGGUUGGGGCACUUUGUUCCCCGGUGGCCCGACGUCCGCGGUCCUGCGGAAAGUGGAUGUAGACGUGAUCAGCCAGCCUGCAUGCCGGCGCAGCGUGCCGUCGGUCACGCCGCGACAAAUGUGCACCUACACUCCGGGGAAGGACUCCUGUCAGGACGACUCCGGUGGGCCGCUUCUGUACACGGACCCGUCUAACGGGCUGCUGUACAGCGUGGGCAUCGUCAGCUUCGGCUCGUUCUGCGCGUCCGGCGAGCCUGCCGUCAACGCGCGCGUCACCACGCUCCUCCGCUGGAUAGUCUCGGUCGCCAACGAUGAUUACUGCAGGAUAUAAUAAACUCGUAA